UCAACAAGCCCCACCUCUAAUGAUAACUUAACGCAUGCCUAUCGUAUUUUUGACUGCACUAAAAGACUCAAGGAUUCUGCUUGUUAAAAAGAGCGGAAGCUUGUGACAUACCGGAGAAAACUAAAACUGACCACGUCUGCACAUUCCAACAUGAGCAAAGUAACCUUCAAAAUCACACUAACUUCGGACCCCAAGCUGCCGUUCAAGGUGCUCAGUGUUCCGGAGGGAACUCCCUUCACGGCCGUACUGAAAUUCGCCUCCGAGGAGUUUAAAGUUCCGGCCGAGACGAGUGCCAUCAUCACGGACGAUGGCAUUGGCAUCAGUCCACAGCAGACCGCUGGAAAUGUGUUCCUGAAGCACGGAUCGGAACUGCGCCUGAUACCCAGAGAUCGUGUGGGCCACCAACUAAGCUAGUUUUUCUACUGCGUAUUUUCCCCUUGAGAUUCCCCCCUUUUGAAUGCUUAUUAAAAUGUUAAACAAUGUAA